GACACGACACAACAAGUAAUGGUGGGUUUUUUGGUGUGAUGUUGUGGUAUUAGUGGGUUUUUUUGUGUGAUGUUGUGUCAUUAGUUGAAGAUCUGUAUACGAUUGUUUUCAAAGUCACUGACAUACAGUGUUCCUUUCUUGUCUACUGCUAGUCCCAAUGGACGAUCAAACUCCACAGGACCUUUUCCCUUUCUCUCCAAAUGACUUGAUAAACUCUCCAUCAGUAGAGAAUAUUGAUAUACGUUGUUCCCAUAUUCACAACAAACACUACAUUGCCAGAGUCAAUGCAAUACUGACUGGUGGUUUAGUUCUCCCUCUCCUUCCUCCUUCCUCCAAACUGCCUCAAGUAGACUCCAUCGACCGUGAAGACCUGGAUUCUGUGGUUGUCACUGUCAGCUACAUACCAUUGCUUCGUCUGUCUGUAUUAUGUCCCAAG